AUGCUGGAGGAGCCGGAGUGCGGGGCGCCGGGCGCCAGGGGAGCGGCCGCAGCCAUGGAUUGCAAAGACAGACCAGCUUUUCCAGUUAAGAAGUUAAUACAAGCCCGUCUUCCAUUCAAGCGCCUGAAUCUUGUCUCAAAGGAGAAAGCCGAUGACGCGUCAUUCGACAUGAGAAGCUCUCCCAGUGCUUCUGUGCAAAGUAAACACCCUAAUUUAGAAAACUCUUUGGACAACUUGGAGAAUGACUGUUCUGUGGUUUCUGACAUAGACUUUGGAGCAAAACUUGUCAAUGGGAAGGGUCCCUUAGAUAACUUUUUAAGAAGUAGAAUAGAAACCAGUAUUGGCCAGAACACAGUCAUAAUUGAUUUGACUGAAGACUCGAGUGACCAACCAGACAGUUCCUCGGACCAUGAUAACCUAAGUCCCCAAGUCUCUCCCUCCAGGGAGGCUGUCAGCAGGGCCAGAGAAGAAGGUGGAGAUCAGCAGGGGCUGUUGAAGACCAUUCAGAACAAGUUGGCAUUUCCUGGAGAGACCCUUUCAGAGCUUCCUUGCAAGACUGAGGAGGAGGAUGUUGACUCUGGAGGUAUAGAGAGGAACGGCACCUCACAGGAGUGCUCACGGCAAAGCUGCCCCGAGCUGGCAGUUGGUUUGAGAUCAUGCUCUGGGAAGGAACAGGAUGGCUGGAGUGAAGCUGGGGGCAUCCUGUUCAAAGGCAAAGUGCCCGUGGUGGUCUUACAGGAUAUCCUGGCUGUGAAAUCUCCCCGAGCCAAGUCUCCUCCGACAACACCUCUGGACAAGAGCAUGACCUCAGAGGAGAGCGAGGUGCAGUCUUGCCCUGAGGAGGACUCUGCCCUUAGUCAUUCAUCCCUGAGCUCUUCCUCUCCUACCAGCUCACCUGAGGGGCGCUGUGUUCCCGAGAAACUGCACAGCAGUAGCAGUCCCAUCCCUACCUCCAUGCCUAUCCACAGAAAAACUAAGAAAUGCGUCACAGGUUCUACAGAGAAGAACAAGAUGAGACUGCAAAGAAAUCUUGAGCAGCUGGGCAGGCGGCUCAAGUUACGCGCAGAAAAGGAGGAAAAGGAGAAGCUGAGAGAAGAGGCCAAACGAGCCAAGGAGGAGGCCAGAAAGAAGAAGGAGGAGGAGAAGGAGCUGAAAGAAAAGGAGAGGCGAGAGAAACGGGAGAAGGACGAGAAGGAGAAGGCGGAAAAGCAGCGAAUCAAGGAAGAGAGGCGCAAGGAGCGGCGGGAGGCGCUGGAGGCGAAACUCGAGGAGAAAAGGAAAAAGGAAGAGGAGAAACGGUUAAGAGAAGAGGAAAAGCGCAUUAAGGCAGAGAAAGCUGAAAUCACGAGGUUCUUUCAGAAACCAAAGACUCCACAGGCCCCGAAGACCCUGGCUGGCUCCUGUGGGAAGUUUGCCCCCUUUGAAAUUAAAGAGCACAUGGUUCUUGCCCCUUGGUGUCGGACCACCUUCGAUCAAGACCUCUGUGAUCAGUUAGACCAGCUCCUCCAGCAGCAGAGUGGCGAGUUCUCCUACUUGAAAGAUCUCAAAGGCCGGCAGCCUCUCAGGUCUGGACCCACCAGGUUUUCCAGCCAGAACAUGGACAUUUUUAACAGCGAUGUCGUGAUCGUGGAGAGCAGUAAAGGGGACAGUGUUCCCGACAGGAAGAAGUUUGGCAGGAUGAAGCUCCUGCAGUUUUCCGAGAACCACCGACCCGCUUACUGGGGGACAUGGAAUAAGAAGACGAUGGUCGUCCACCCGAGGGACCCCUGGGCCCAAGACCGAAAACUCCUCGACUAUGAGGUGGACAGUGAUGAGGAGUGGGAAGAGGAGGAGCCCGGGGAAUCCCUGUCCCACAGCGAAGGGGAUGAUGAUGAUGAAGUGGGAGAAGAUGAAGAUGAGGAUGAUGGCUUUUUUGUGCCCCAUGGGUACCUGUCUGAGGACGAAGGCGUGACUGAGGAAUGCGCUGACCCAGAGAACCACAGGGUUCGCCAGAAACUGAAGGCCAAGGAGUGGGAUGAGUUUUUAGCCAAGGGGAAGAGGUUCCGUGUCCUCCAGCCCGUGAAGAUCGGUUGCGUGUGGGUGGCCGACAGGGACAGCUGCACCAGUGCCGACCUGAAGGUGCUGCAGCAGUUCACGGCGUGCCUCCUGGAGACGGUGCCCCCUGAGGAGGAGCAGACGCCCAAGGCCUCCAAGAGGGAGAAGAGGGACCAGCAAAUCCUGGCCCAGCUGCUUCCGCUGCUGCACGGCAACGUGAACGGGAGCAAGGUGAUCAUCCGGGAGUUUCAGGAGCGCUGCCGCCGAGGCCUGCUCAGCAAGGACACCAGCAGCCCCCCAAGCCCCUCGUCUUCCCGCCCGCAGACGCCCACCACUGGCGAGGGGGCUGCCGUGCCCUCCAAGGCCAGGCUCAAGCGGAUCAUUUCCGAGAACUCUGUGUACGAGAAGAGGCCUGACUUCAGGAUGUGCUGGUACGUCCACCCGCAGGUGCUGAAGAACUUUGACCAGGAGCACCUUCCUGUACCAUGCCAGUGGAGCUAUGUCACCAUGGUGCCCUCAGCCCCCAGAGAGGACAGUGUUGGUGUCCCUGCCUCGGGGCCUAGCCAGGGCACGCCUGUGUCUCUAAAGAGGAAGUCAGCAGGCAGCAUGUGCAUCACCCAGUUCAUGAAGAAGCGCAGGCACGAUGGGCAGGUUGGAGCUGAGGACAUGGACGGCUUCCAGGCGGACACGGAGGAGGAGGAGGAAGAGGAGGGUGACUGUAUGAUCGUGGACAUCCCAGACGUUGGGGAGGUCCAGGCCUCAUGUGGAGCUGCUUCCGGAGCUGGGGGUGCCAUGGGAAUGGACACCAGCGACAGCCCCCUGCCUGUGAGCCCUCUGAGCACCUCCUGAGAGCGUCCCCACCAGGCCGAGCUGGUGCAUGUAUGUAGAAUGGUUAGGGCCCCCUCGAACGCGGAUCAGAUACUUGAACAUUCUCCCGAUUCCUGUGUAAAGAGCACUUUGUACUGCUUCACAGACCUCCCGGAGGUUUGGAAAGUUUUAUAUAGGAUGCUUGAUUAGUUCUUGACCUUUGUAAAAAACUUCCCAAAAAAGCUGCAUAUUAACCUGCCUUUUAAUAAAGCAUUAUUGAAACAUAAUGAGUUAUAGGGGAAGCCUGCUCACGCCCAGUAGGCACGUGACCAGUGCUGGGAUUGACACUUGUAAAUGAAUUGAAGCUCCCGAGACGCCCGCCCACCGUGGGCACAUGUGACGCGGCUUCGGGCCCCCCCGUGAAGUGUAUAAACUUAUUCUCCAGCCCUGA